GCCCGCCCCCGGUCGGCCGCGGGCGCCUGCCCCCAGCAUGGCCUGGCCGGGCUGGUCCGCGCCGUGGCUGUGGGUCUCCGGCUGCGGGCUGCUGCUCCUUGUCCUCGUCCUGCUGGUGAGCCCCCGCAGCUGCCGAGCGCGGCGGACCCUCCGCGGCCUGUUCAUGGCGCGCAGCAAGCGGCUGCUCUUCCGAAUCGGGUACAGCCUGUACACCCGCACCUGGCUCGGGUACCUCUUCUACCGCCAGCAGCUGCGCAGGGCUCGGAAUCGCUACCCCAAAGGCCACUCCAGAACCCAGCCCCGCCUCUUCAACGGAGUGAAGGUGCUUCCCAUCCCCGUCCUGUCAGACAACUACAGCUACCUCAUCAUCGACACCCAUGCCCGGCUGGCUGUGGCUGUGGACCCCUCAGACCCUCAGGCCGUACAGGCUUCCAUUGAAAAGGAGGGCGUUAAUUUGGUUGCCAUCCUCUGCACCCACAAGCACUGGGACCACAGUGGAGGAAACCGUGACCUCAGCCGGCGGCACCAGGACUGUCGGGUGUAUGGGAGCCCUCAGGACGGCAUCCCCUACCUCACCCAUCCCCUGUGUCAUCAAGAUGUGGUUAGCGUGGGACGGCUUCAGAUCCAGGCUCUGGCCACUCCUGGCCACACGCAAGGCCAUCUGGUCUACCUGCUGGAUGGGGAGCCCUACAAGGGUCCCUCCUGCCUCUUCUCAGGGGACCUGCUCUUCCUCUCUGGCUGUGGACGGACCUUUGAGGGCACCGCAGAGACCAUGCUGAGCUCCCUGGAUACGGUGCUGGGGCUGGGGGAUGACACUCUGCUGUGGCCUGGUCACGAGUACGCAGAAGAGAACCUGGGCUUUGCAGGUGUGGUGGAGCCCGAGAACCUGGCCCGGGAGAGGAAGAUGCAGUGGGUCCAGAGGCAGCGAAUGGAGCGCAAGAGCACGUGCCCGUCCACCCUGGGAGAAGAGCGCUCCUACAACCCCUUCCUGAGGACGCACUGCCUGGUGCUGCAGGAGGCUCUGGGGCCAGGCCCGGGCCCCACGGGGGACGAUGGCUGCUCCCGGGCCCAGCUCCUGGAGAAGCUCCGCCAGCUGAAGGACCUGCACAAGAGCAAGUGACAGCCCCCCAGCCCACCACAGCCCGCCCCCCCAUGGCGGGGAGCCCCCCCCCCCCAUCGCCCACACCACACCAUCCCCCUCAUUUGCUGCCACCACCGCCUCGUCGGCACCCCCAGUGGGCCUCAGGCCCCAGCACUGUCGGGGGGAGGAGGGGCAGGGGGACGAGGCCAUGAGACCGAGAGGACAGAGGCUGGUCGAAGGCUCGGAGACCCCACGGGGCCGGGUGGGGGGGAGGCUGAGUCAUCCAGGGCCAGAGGAAAGGGGGAGCCUUGGGACAUCUCCAGACCCAGCUGGGAGGGUGCCUCCUCCCUGGCUCCGCUCCUGCCCCUGGUGAGGACACAGAGAGUGCUGGUCGGCGCUCCCUCAGGAGGCCUCACCCGCUGUAGCCCCUGAGCCCAGGCCAGCGGGAGUCGUGCGCGGGUUCAGACCUCUCCCCCCUUCUCCCUUCCAGGCUUGGGAAAGACACGCAGGCCCCCCAGAGUGGCCUGAGGUGUGGUGCCUUGGAGAAGCAGUCACUCAGAGGGGCAGCUGGGCUCCGGUGUCCAGAGACACUGGCCCUCCUCCCCAAGCCUCCCCCCUGCGUCCCCCCCACCACCAUGAAGGCAUUUUUUUAAACAGAGCCAUUUCUGGGAAAGAUGAAAGGGCUGGACAUCCGCGUGUCUGGACAGUCUCGGCCUCAGCGAGUCCCCUGCAGCCUGGAAGAGGGAGGGUCCUGGUUGCCACAGAAACCACGCCCUCAGGCUGAGGAGACACCGGGAGCUGGGACUGCAGCCCCACAGGUGGGGCCCAAAGGACCCCCCUUCCCAAGGGGGCAGAGAGCCAUCCUCCGCCCGGGCUGCAGCAGUUUUCUCCUGAUGGCUCUUGUUCUUAGGAACUUCUGCCUUGUUCUAACUCCUGCUUUACUCUCAGGCCCUCUCCUCUUUUAGUUAUGAAGCCAUUUCUCUGGCCCUCUGCGGUUUGCCACGAACAUCCCCAUGUCAUUUCUCAUUCGAUCCUUGGUCCCAUCCUGGCUGGGGAAAGGGGUCUACGCAGCAGAGUGCAGAAAUUGGAAGUCUGGGAGCAGAGAGCGGUCAGCUCUUGAGUGAGUGGUGACCUCCAGGACCCCAGGUCUGAAACCCAGCCUAGCCUCUCCUCUGGUCUCUGGUCCACGUCCCUUCGGGGCCACAGAGAGGAUCCCUAAGGUCCUCGAGCAAGCAUACCUCGGGUCAGCGGGGAGCCUUCUCUUCCUGUGUUCAAGCUUUCCCUCGGGCUCUGCUCGCCUCUGGUGAGCCUCUGAGAUGCCCCCUGCCCUCAGUUUCCCCUCAUCAUCCCACCUCUGCCUCUGUCCCCAGCCAUAGCCUCUGGUACCAACUCUAGCAAUACCACCAGAAUAGAGUUCCCCGCCCCCCUGAGACAUGCAGUUCCAUGCCGCUGUGCCUUUGCUCAUGCUGUUCCUUCAGACUGGAAUGCCUUUCCCCCGCUCCUCCGGCCUUGUCUGCCUGGCAAACACCCACUCAUCUCUCACAACCCCCCUCAAAGGCCCCCUCAUCCAGGAAGACAACCCCCAUGCCCCUCACCCUCCAGGCUACCUCUGCUCUUUGUAAAUGCUUCUCCCUCGUGGCACUUCUCACACUGUGUUUUACUUGUUUACAUGUUUGUCUCCCCUUCUAGACUGUGAACCCUUCAGGGCAUGGACUAUAUCUUAUGCAUCUCUGUAAUUCUGCGCCCAGCACGGUGCCUGGCACACAGGAGGCGCUCAAUAAAUCUUGAAUGAAUGAAUAAUUUAACUGGG